GGGUGCUAUCGCUAUCCUACUCGGACGCAGCUUCACCGGACAUUUCGACCGGGCAUUUCAAUUUUGAGAAAGAGUAGGACCAGCACCCCCGCGCGCCUUGCCCUCCCCCCGAUCGUCCGUCUCGCUCGCACUAAGGACACACAAAAGGACGAAGGAGCGAUAACUUCAUCACCGUGCGACGGUCUCUCUCGCACACACGCCACGGUGGGGGACGACGUUGCGAAUUGUUAUUGAAGUCAUGCCCCCGAAGGCGACUUCGGGAAGGCUGUCAGUUGCUAGUAAACGUUCGCAGCGUCCGUACCCGGUUGACCCGCGACGCCUUCGCGCCGCACCUACCGCACUACAAACUACAACGCAUCGCGCCACCGGGUUUACAAACAAGUGCCAAGUUGUAACACCACUUCUGUCUCUGUGAUUUUAGUUUUUAUUGACGUUGUUAAUUAUUAUUAGACUUUUCCGAGUGACAUUAAAGUAUUGCUUCGCUACAAUGAAACUUUUGAACGAGUGACGCGGCGAUUAGUAGCGACCGGUGUUGUGUUGUUGAUGGACCUAGAGUCGAGUGCCGGGCGACGCGCGACUGUCCCGCGGGUGCGAGUGUUUACAGGCGCGCACGUGGCCGCUUCGCACGCCCGCGCGCCGAAAUGCCGCGAAAAACUUUCUUCGGAAACAUCGCAGUUGUAUAAGUGAAGUUACGAGGGGAGAUGCGCCGACCGCGACCAUGACUUUAACCUGUAGCGCCUGAUUAAGCGUAGACUACAUGUACGUCGACACGAGAAGUGACGUUUUUUUAUUUUUUUUUCGUUGGAGGAGACGGUGUUCUCCUUUGGAUUGAUGAAUUAAAUGGCUAACAGCAGCGCUGUGUCGUCGACCUUACCGUCGAGGGACUAUCAUUGUAAGAUUUGCGAUCUUUACUUGGACACUGUGGAUUCCUUAGAGGUACACUUACAAUAUCAUAAAGAAAAUUUAUACGUAAAGUGGGGUACGCAAAACUCACAAAAUGAUACUGAUAACAAUAACGGUGCGAAAGUGAAAAUAGAGACUACGGUGUCGGCGCCAGCUGACUCAAGCGACAACAUGAUUACCAAGCCCAGCCCCGAGUUCCAGCAGCGGGCCACGCCGGAGACGUCCACGCAGUUCCCUCACCCCGCGACCCCGCAGAGCUACCACAGCGCGCCCUCGCCCUACCAGAACCCUGACCAGACCAAUUUCUCGCCUGGAGCACAGUUCGGUAACAACUAUUCUCAUUCUGGUUUCCCGCAAAAUCAACAUUCUGAACAAAUCAAUUGGGAACAGUCUCAAUACAAUCAAGAGUAUCAUAAAUCGAACCGGUUCCACCCAUACAACAUGCAGGAGCGAGUCUCGCAGGUAUCCUCCUCCAGUCCACUUUAUGGUCAGCCAUUAAAUCAACCGACGCCUUCGCCAUCACCGAACCAAUGCGAUAAGUGUGGCUUUGUGUGUGACUCCGCCGUCCAACUCAACGAGCACUGCAACUCGGCUCACGCGGGCGCCAGCGCAGCUCCUACCUCGGCGUCGAUGCCAUUUCAACAAUAUUCAUCGAAGCAGUAUAACAACUCUGGAUAUCAAAAUGAAAAUGCGAAGGUAAAGGAAGAACACGAAGAAUCGUCUGAUAUUCUAGAUUUAGAUUCUCAAAAAGUAGUCUAUCAAGGAAAUGAGGGCGAGCAGCCGACUGCGUCUUUUGAAGACACACCUACUCAAGGUCGAGAAGUUAAUACGCGCACAGUACCAAUGAUGCCAUGGGAGACACAAAAGUUGUACAGUAAUCCUCAACUUAACGGUGACGUGUCUCUGUUUAAAGAACAAAAGAUGUUUGCUGAACAAAAGGCAUACCCAUCGGAAGCAAAAAUGUUUCACCCGGAACAAAAAUUUGCAUAUACACAAGACAAAUUUCUCGGUGUUCAUCACGACCAGAAACCAUUCAUGCACGUUGAACAGAAAAUAUACCCAGGUGUGCAAAUGCCUCCCCUUGGUGAUUACUCGGGUCCGGUAGCAUCUUCUAAUCCUGACAUGAAGCCGCCUUAUCGGCCAUACGACUCGCCGGCGGCACCACAGAUUACGAGUACACAACCAGCGAAUCCCACAUCUUCUACCCUUCCUACUAUUGGAGGCAAGGGGGCGAAUUGGAAAUCCAAUGAAGCCAGAAGGCCAAAAACGUACAAUUGUACUGCGUGCAAUAAAUGGUUUACUAGCUCCGGUCAUCUAAAAAGGCAUUACAACACCACGCUUCACAAGAACGCCGUUCGAUCGUCGGGCCAGCCAGACCCGGCGACGAUGCCCAUCUCCAGCCAUCACCACCCAAGCCGCGAGAUGUCGCGCGCUCAGCAACAGUCUGCAGACUCCAACACCCAAAGCCCCGUCCCGUCAGAGGAUGGACGCAGCGUCGACGAAGCUACGCUCCAGUCACCCUACGCGUCGCAGAACUUCGAUCGAUCGCAUCGAGUCGCCGCCAUGCAGUCCAAGUCGCCGUAUACGCAUCUUCAACAGGGUAAUUUAGAUAAUAAUUUCAGUAAUAAUCCUUUAGCCAAUCACCCUUUACAGCAUCAGAUCGGGUCACAUCCGCUAAAUAUAGGUAGUCAACCGCCGGGUAUAGGUAAUCCAAACGAUAGUAAUCACCAGUCGUCUAAAGGUGUAGCAAUCUCAACGGCAGGGAAUCCCCCAAACGGGGAAGCAGGUCCCUCUGUUUCUCAAAAUCAUCAUAUGAGGGGCCUGCUAUCAGUGUCAACCAGCAAUAUUUCAACUCCGGUACUAACUCAGAGUACGCCGGCUCUUACGGCGCACACUCUACCUCCGUUCAGUCAUUUGGGUGUCAACCCGUACAGCCAGAGGUCUACGGAUCCUUUGGGGCCUUCGGUUCCGGACCCCACGCACACUCCUUUAUAUUUGGGUCAGAAUUUUCAGCAGACUAUAGCACCGAGCUACCCAAACGGGAUGGCCCCCCACGUUAUGGAUAUGGCUACCAACAAUCUGCCUAUAGCCAAUCCGGCUACUUUUGGUGAAUCCACACCGGAAGAGGUCGAAGUUAUGGAACAGGAAACGUCGAGCGAGCCGGCGGGCGGACGCCUGCCGAGCUUCUCGCAGCUCCAGACGCAGAGCUUCAGCGUUUAUGUUUCUAACUAUAUCACACAGCCUAACGUGGGGGGUCAAGUUGUUGCUGAUGAGUCGACCGCUGGUUAUAUCAUCGUCGACCCGGUCCACUCAAUUCUACAGUACAACAGUCCUGAUAAUAUGUAUGAUCAAAUUGUAGAUUAUGAUUAUAACUUCUCGCCUAGAAAAGUCAAAGGCGUCGAAGAGAUCGAUUACGACCCGGAACAUACGAAAGCUUAUCCGUACGGCUUCGCGGUAGAAGGUAAAACGAUAAAACGCGAAGUAGACAUGUUACAGACGGAUUCGGGUGAACUCCAAAUAAUGAAAAUUGAAGAUAUCAUGGACUACGCGAAUAAGGAAAACUAUGGGACUCAAAUGAAGUCCCCGGCUAGCCCAGAGAGUGCUAAAGCUGAGAACGAGAGUCGAGGAUCGCCGGCGGUAUCCUCUACCGUGCCGAGCACGCCACUCGCUGAGAGAAACCAAAUGAAAAAGUCAUCUGCGACCACUGUGCACAAAUGUUACGAAUGCGAUAAACUAUUUAACAAGGGCUGCUAUCUUACGCAGCAUAAUAAGACAUUCCACUCGGGCGCUAAGCCAUUCAAGUGCAUUCGGUGCGGAAAACGUUUUUCAGACGACGCCUCCUACGAAUGGCAUUGUGUCAAGCACUCUGACAACAAGCCGUUUAAAUGUAAUGAGUGCCCAAAGUCGUUUAACCACAAGUCGGACCUGCGCCGGCACAUGUGCCUGCACUCCGACUGCAAACCUUUCACUUGCGACCACUGCGGCAAAGGAUUUAUUAGGAAAGAUCACAUGGUUAAGCAUUUCGGAACUCAUAAGAAAAAAAUACGUUCGUCGUCAUCACCGACGUCAUCAUCGUCGGUGUCGUCGACAUCGGCUUCUCCUAACUCGCGCGCGCUGAACGCCGCUUUCAACUGAGCGUUUGUUAGCAAAGUAUCGGACUCACAUAUCAUUUCGUAUUCGCCGAUAGAUUGUAAUUCAUUUUGUUCUUCUUAGACUCGGUAGUAAAUAAAAACCUGAUGUUCCGGCGGGAUAUUUAUUCAGAACGCGAUAUAUAUGUUUGUAGGGCCGCGGCGCGACUCCGGCGCACGCGUUUAGUUCGCAGCUCGUUUUUUGUUGUUCAUUCAAGCUAACCUUGCGACGGCCGGCACAAGGUGACUUUACAUGCCUGGGUGUCUGGGCGCUAAACAUAUAAUUACAUGACGUUAGAGUAAUUCUACGAUAUCAUUUAGAUCGAACCAUAUCAUUUUUACAUAUUGAAUACGCAAAUAACGUAGAAGUAAUUAGAUAAAGUAAAGAAUGUCGUUCUAUUUCGGAAAUAUUUGACGCGACGCAUCACAUAUCUUAUUUUAUUGUAAAAUAUUAUGAACUGUAGGAAGGUUUUUACUUUAGUUAAAAUUCUAUGUUUUCAUAUUAUGAUUGUUGAAGUUUAAGAUCGAUGAUGUGUAUUUUGGAAAGUAUUUAGAGUAAUUUUUGUAAAUAUUGGGACACGAUUGCCAGACAUUUAUUUUAAGUAGGAACUGGAAAAUACAAAUCGUACGCCGGAGAGAAGUGUCAUGCUUUAAUUAUACGAUGGGUACAAAUUGAAAUUUCAAAUGGUAUAGAUGAAUAUUGCCAAAAUAUAGGUUUAAUGGCAAACUUUGUAACGAUGAUAGGUCGAGUAGAGUAAGCGGGUCCGAGCCGCGAGCGGGCAGCGCGCGGCGGCGC